UUCAACAAUUGGCAAUUACCAUUAUCUUUAGUUUAUUUUACAUUUCUCCAUAGAUCGGGCUAUAGUUUGUCGCUGAUAAACUAUAAACCGCCUUUCACGAAGUGGAGUACCAGCCAAAUUUUGAAUUGUAACCAAUAGUACAUAAUUAAAUAUUUUAUCAAAAUGACAGAACCGUCGCCUAAGAAGUCAAAAAUGUCGUCUCUGGGUCAACUUAAGAACUUUACCGUCGUCGUGGCUGACACUGGAGAUUUUGAGACAAUGAAAAAAUAUAAACCUACUGAUGCUACCACAAACCCAAGUCUUAUCCUAGCUGCAGCCAAAAUGCCUCAGUACAAAGAUUUGAUAUCAAAAGCUCUGAAAUUAGCUGUUGCAAGUGGAACGACAAUUGAAGAACAAACCGAAGAAGCCAUGGAUAAUCUUGUUGUGUUGUUUGGUACUGAAAUUCUAUCCCUAAUUCCAGGACGAGUGUCUACUGAAGUUGAUGCUAGAUUGUCUUUUGACAAAGAAGCAAGUAUUGCUAAAGCUAUCAAAUACAUUAAAAUGUAUGAAAAAGCUGGAAUUCCCAAAGAACGUGUAUUAAUUAAAUUAGCUUCUACAUGGGAAGGUAUUCAAGCAGCUAAAGUUUUGGAACAAGAACAUGGAAUACAUUGUAACUUAACUUUGUUGUUUUCACUUUAUCAAGCCAUUGCUUGUGCUGAAUCAGAUGUCACUUUAAUAUCCCCUUUCGUUGGUCGUAUUUUGGAUUGGCAUGUUGCAAACACUGACAAGAAAAGUUUUGAGCCUUUAAAAGAUCCAGGUGUUCAAUCAGUAACUAAUAUUUACAAUUAUUUCAAAAAAUUCAACUAUAAAACUGUUGUGAUGGGUGCAUCAUUCCGUAACAUUGGUGAGAUCAAAGCGUUGGCUGGUUGUGAUUUGUUAACUAUUAGUCCUAAGCUACUUGAGGAAUUAGAAUUGUCUAAUGAGCCACUUACAGAGUAUUUAACAGUAAAAAAUGGUAAAGCAUCAGAUUUGAAAAAAAUUGAAAUCAAUGAAGCUAAGUUCCGUUGGGAGAUGAAUGAAGACAAAAUGGCCAAUGAUAAGUUGUCUGAAGGUAUAAGGAAUUUUGCUGCUGAUUCUCGUAAACUUGAGAAAAUUCUUACAGAGAUGUUGAAUAAAAUCAAUUAAAUACACUGUUAGUGUCACAUUUUUAUGU